AAAUCCCAGAUGCCUAAGAGGAAGCUCUACAUCCAUCUAACACUCAAAGUCUUCACGAUCCCUCCAGCCUCCAUCCCGGGCUAGGGUGCAGUGCAGGGUGGAGGCGACAUGCUCAGGCUGCACCCUGGGCUUGCCCCGCUGUCCCUCCCAGAUCAGGCUCUGGUUGGGCUGGCUUUGUCCAGCCAGCACACUCCCUCUCCUGCAGCCUGGAAUGGCAAACCCACUGCGGCAGACGACUCUCACACUCCCCCUCCAAUCAGAGGAGAGCUGGCAGCGGGAUGUAGGGGAAGGAUGUCUUAGCAGGUCUCUAGCCAGCCAAGGCUGGGUGUGUGGGGAGAUGCUUCUCCUGCGUGCCCGUCCUUUAGCCAAUCACGGUUCGGUGGCAGGGUUUGCCUUCACAGCACUGCUGCUGAUCUGGGGUGUGGAGACUCCAUAAAUCCAUGUCACAUCUACACUGUAAUAGCUAAAGUCUGGAACUAAAGCUAUAGGCCUAACAGCACGCUGAGGUCUAUUAACCGCUAAGCUACCCGCUGGAGAACAAGUGAAGGGUCCCCAUUGUGUAUAGCAUGUAUCUGUCCCAUCGUGUCCCACCAGCACAUGAAAACGUCAUUCCCAAUAUCUGUCCCUAGAGCUGUAUUCUUAAUGCGUUAACUGCCUGAUUAAAUUUGACCAGGAGUAAGUUCUUGAAAUAGCUACCAUGAUGGCUGUUGGUGGGAUCACGAUGCCUUCCAAUUUUAGCAAGGAGUGUCUUGGUUUGAUGGAGUAAGAGAUACCAGCCCAGUUAGUGCUCUGGGGUCUAUACAACACUUGGGUGUUGGGAUGCAGAGCUGAUGUAAGUGGAGGUAACUCCAUUGAGGGAGGAGGAGGAGGAAUUGCCAAAGGAGAUGCUGAAGAACAACCACAGAACAAAGUAGUAGCAGCAGUUCAGAACUGGAGGACUAAGUGACAGAAUGGCCCAGUCCUGCAGGGCUGAGUGCUGGAGAAAGACUUUCCUGGAGGAGUUCUUGACCAGGGACUGGCUGACUGGUCGUGCUUCCAUGGGUCUGUCCCAUGUCAUGCUAGUGUAGCAGCCAUGGGCAAUGAAGGAGCCCAUCUUUUCUCCAGAUGUCAUGACAUUUGCAUGCUGACACAAUGACAUGGAAAAAACCUAGGCCCUGGGAUGAAGUUGUCCCGUUUUCUUCUCUGCCUGUUUCAGUGUUCACAUGGCCGCGGCUCUGCUGAAUCUGAAUGCCAAUGGGGAAAACAAAGCCAGUCCAGCUUUUUAUUUGAGUGACUAUUCACACACAUCAUUUGGAGGCAUUCACCCAUCUUGGAAAUACAGUCCUUAUCGUAUACCCCAGGCAGAAACUGGAGAACCAGAUUGGCUUUGGAACUAAAACUCCUUUCAGUUUCAUUUCUCACACACACAGAAGUUAUCCGGUAUCUCUAGCAGCGAAGGAACUCGAAUCCCCACCCUGCCGCUCAGCAGGUGAUGAGAUAGAAGUGGGAAGUAAACAAUCGAAACUCCAUUUGUAACUCAGCACAUUUUGGAGUGUCCUCACGAACAUCAGGAGAGAUGAAGAAGCUGAACAUGGAUUCUUGGAGAGAAAUGUUUUAUGAGAAGAUAGAGGAGGUGAAGCCACAAGACCACUGGGACCUAAAGAUGGACCAGAACCUUGAUUACAAUGACUUGGUACCUGGUUGGAAACAAUCACUGCAAGAACAUUCAUUUGCCAGCUUCCAGUGGUCAAGGUGCCAGCAUUUCUGGUCAUCAGUUCAAGUGGUUAUUCUGUUCCACAUGUACCUGGACCAGCACAGGAGAAAAGGUUGGGUGAAGAUAAGAGUCUUUAGACAGUUAGAAGAGCCAAAUUUCAAGGAGGAAAGUGUCCAGAGGGUCUUGGAGAACUUGGUCAUCAGCAUUAGGGAGAAAUGCUAUGGAGAGUAUGUGGCCCAGUUAUCUGAGGUUACAGUGAUAGGACGGCACUAUGGACCACAUCGGAGUGACCACUGUGAGGCUUGUCUGUUGGGAAUACAUCAGAGGCCCAAACACACGAUGUAUUAUGGAAGACCCAAAGACACAUUGAACUAUGGGACAUCCAAACACACAAUGCCACCGGUUCGGCUACCAUCACAUGAUUUACCCCAGGACACGAGUUCCUGUGAUUUCAAGUUUUGCUGUGUUUUCUGUAUUAUUUGCAUUUUAAUUUUUAUUUGUAUGAGCAGUUGGAACCUAAAGCUAUUCAAAUAUUGGGGGUAACCCCACCUGAUUCAUGAAUAAUUGCAAAUACAGUCAGCUAGUUUGGUUUGCUCUGACUGGUGAGCUUGUAUUACUUAUUUUACCUGAGUGUGUAGAUAAUUGCUAGGGAUUCAAUAACAUUUUCGUAAGUCCCCCAAAACUUCAUGAAUUCUGGUGGGAACGAUUCCGCGUCGGAAAAUUCCAACCAGAACUACAUCAGUCAUCCCUCGCUUUUCUCUAGUUAUUGUUCUCCUGUUUGAAAACUUCCAGGUGGCUAAUCAAGGAGCAGAAACGAUACCACAUGACUUAGGUCACCAACCACACACCAGGAGUAAUGAAUGGCUAAAACGAACAGUUUGUGAACAGCCCCAGAGACUGAAAUUAUUUGUCUGGACUAUUUGGCAAAUCCAAUAACCAACACGUUGGAUCCAUGAAUCCAGAAAGAAGCUACGUUAAUAAUGAACAUGAUUUGUGAUGACUGAUGCAGCUGGUUCUAUCUGUUACCUUCCUGCUUUUUAAGGCAUUUGACAUUGAAAACUGAACAACAGGAGAUAAACUGGAUUUAGCAACUGAACUAUUUGAGGAAAGAUGGGCUAAGGAAAUGAACUAAUUCAAAAGAGAAUCAUAGCAAUGUCAGGCUGGAGGGAAACUCAAGAGGUCAUCUAGUCCACCACCCGCCAUGCCAAGGCAGGAUAAAAUAAACCUAGACCAUCCCGGAUAGAAGUUUGUCUCCCCUGAUUUCAAACACGUUCAGUGAUGGAGAUUCCACAACCUCACUUGGUAACCUGUUCCAGUGCCUAGCUAUCCCUGAAGUUUUUUCUGAUAUCCAGCCUAAAUCACCAUUGCUGCAAACAAAGCCCAUUGCUUGUUGUCCUACCCUUGGUGGACAUGGAGAAUAGUUGAUCACUGUUCUCUUGCCUUGGACGUAGUUGAAGAGAGUUAUCACAUCCUCCCUCAGCCUCCUCUUCUCUAGACUAAACAUGCCCAAAAUCGUGGAUCCAACUGUUACAAAAAUCAUAUGUAUCCCUAAUGCAACUCAUAACACCGACUGCUUCGCUGCGAUGUAGUCAGUUACCUUUUGUGUUUGUCACCCUUUUUUCCCCUUGUGCAGGAAAUGAAUUGUUCCGUCAAUAACUGUGUGUCUCUAAAAAAAAGGAAGUAACUGAAAAAGCCAAGGUGAUGGGGAAGCUUAGUUGCUGUUUCUUUAAAUGCCCUAAUUCAGGUUGGGUAGUUACAAAGCCACAUGUGUAAUGUUGUGGUUAACAGUGAAGCAACUCUUUGGUUUGCCCUUGAAAUGGGUUGUUCCUGUUGACUAAUAUACACUGACUAGCAUGCUUACAUUUUAUGCUGGUAAUAGAUCCCUAAAUGGCCCCCUUAAGGAUUGAGCUCACAACCCUGGGUUUAGUAGGCCAAUGCUCAAACCACUUAGUUAUCCCUACCCCCUUUGCUCUAGGCCAUCUUAAUAAACUCAAGUGACAUUGA